AUGCCAUUUGCUCCUUUUGUAGGAGUAAACCAUCAUGGACAGUCAAUCCUUUUGGGGGCAGGAUUACUAUCAAAUGAGGAUACAAAAAAUUUUGUGUGGUUGUUUCAAACAUGGUUGGAAUGCAUGAAUGGUCGGGCGCCAAAUGCAAUAAUAACAGAUCAAGAUAGGGCCAUAAAAAAUGCAAUUGCAAGAGUUUUCCCAGGAACCCGACACAGAUAUUGUCUAUGGCACAUCUUGAAAAAAAUUCCAGAAAAGUUUAAAGCAUAUUCACAAUAUGAUGCCAUCAAGAGUGCCUUACGAAGAUGUGUAUAUGAAUCUCAGACAUGUGGUGACUUCGAGGUAGGUUGGCAACGUGUACUUGAGAGAUAUAAUCUUAAGGAUAAUGAUUGGCUGUGUCGUUUAUAUGAUGAGCGGACUUUCUGGGUACCAGCAUAUCUAAAAGGUGUAUUUUGGGCUGGUAUGACAACUACACAACGGAGUGAAAGUAUGAAUGCCUUUUUUGAUGGGUAUGUGCGUCCUUCAACCACAUUGAAGCAAUUUGUUGACAAAUAUGAUAUUGCUUUACGGAAGAAGGUUGAGAAUGAGGCUCUUGCAGAUUUCAAUUCUUUUAAUUCUACACUUUCAUGCUUAACCUUCUAUUGUUUUGAGAAAAAAUUUCAGCAAGUUUACACCAUUGCAAAAUUCAAAGAAGUCCAGGAAGAGAUAUUGGGUAGAAUUUAUUGUACUGUAUCCCUAUUGACUAAAGAGUGUGCAGUUUGUACCUAUCAAGUGAUUGAACUGGUACAAGUAUCAGUUGAAGAUGCAUUUGUGAAAAAAGUAAUAUAUGUUGUUUACUUGAAUGAAGAUGAAGAUGAGUUUGAAGUAAAAUGCACAUGUGGAUCCUUUGAAUCAAGAGGCAUCUUGUGUAGACAUGUCAUUUCUGUACUGACUGCACAUAACAUUACAUCAUUGCCCCCCAGAUAUUAUCUUGACCGUUGGAGGAAGGAUGUGGAGCGAAGAUAUACUUUAGUUAAAAGUAGUUAUGACUCGUUGAGUGGCAACCCUGAUGUACAAAGAUAUGACAAUUUGUGCAAAUGUAUGCAUAAAUUAGCAGAGAUCGCCGCAAGAAACGUGGAUCAUUAUAGAAAAGUGCAGAGACAUAUUAAUAUGUUAACUUCAGAAUUAAGUGGUUUAAGUUGUGAAUCCAUUGGUGAUGAUUUAGAGGUAGAAAUUGAUGGUGAUGAUUUAGAGGUAGAAACUGAUCAGGUGCAUACUCCUCUCAAGGUACGAACUAAAGGAAGGUUACCGUAUAAAAGGAAGGAAUCUGCGGUGGAGAAAGCAAUCAACAAGAAGAAGUCACAAGAAAAAAGGAAUGAAUCGCGUCAAAGGAAGCGUAUACUCAAAGUUCCUUCGCCAAUUUCACAUAAUAUUCAGCAUAGUGAUGUUUUUGAAACUCAGGAUAGUACAACUACAAAGGAUAUAUGGCCACGUGAGCUAUUAAAAGGGUAG